AUGGAACAUGAGAUCAAGGCGGCAAUUGAAUCGCUAAAAGCUUCAACGGCUGCGGUUGAUAGUCAAACCGAAGCCUUGAGGCUGCAGUGCAAGGAACUCAAGGCCCAAAUCCGCGAUGCCCGUCAAAUUGACCAACAAUGCUCAAAGGCAACGGCAAGAUUGACAAGUGGACAUUUGGCGGAAAAGCAGCGUGUUGAUUUGAUGAUUGAAGAUUUGAGACAAGAUUUCGAGGAGAAGCUACAAGCGGCCCAGAAAGUGUUGACAGCUGAUCGAAAUAACCUGCUUCCAUCUACGUCCGUUAUACUGAAGGAGCACGAUGCUGUCCUUCGCAAUAUGGAAAAGGUGGCCGCAAGUUCCCAGUCCGCUGAAGAAAUAAGUGCGUUAAAAAAGCGAGUCGGCGAUCUUACUGCUUUACUGGCAAAAUAUAUUGCUGAAGAAGUCAAUUGUCGCCUAGAUCGAGUAUUCUUCGAAACAGUGGAAGCUAGUCAAGAGGCGGAAGAUGACGACCCUGGUGUUUUGCAACAGCUCGAGAGCGUUGAAGCGGAAGUGAACUCUUUAUACCCUGAGAUCAGUGUUCUCUCCGAUAUGGCUGCAAAACAACGUUUUCAGUUGCCGAUAUUACAGGUUCUUGAGGAGUGGCAGGAACAAUCCCAGCUAGGGGCUGAAGAACAGCUACAGCACGUACUGGAGACGCUGAUUCAGUUGACUGAAUCUACAAACCGGAUGACUGGUAAACUGAACAACCGCCAAGCACAUCAAUCUUCAAUGAAUACACUUGCUGCUUCCUAUCAGACAGAGGUGAAUAGCCGUCAACUGCAAAACGCAAAACUGGAAAACAAACGAUUGUCAAGACUCAGCACGAGACUAUCGCAGGCGCACCUAACCCCGCGAGAGUCGCAAGGAGAGAAGCCCGGAACAGAAAUGGAGGCAUCCACACAGUCACUGGAAAGCCUACUUAGACGGCUCGGAAUCUCGUUCUCUUCUCUGCAGAAUGCAGAGUCGACCGAGGUAGUCCAUGAUCUGCUGAAUGAAAAGAGAUCGCACAUGUCGGAUAUGCUUGAGAACCUCUAUGCGACAGCAGCUUCUCCUCUCCCCUCGCACUUGGACUCUGCCGACAAAGCCACGCAACUUCUGUCGUCGGCGAUGUAUUGCGAUGCGGAUUUCGAGCUCUCCUUGCGGGACAGGAAUCAGGAGCAGAAGAUUUCGAACUUGGAAACACUUAUUGGGGCUAUUCAGAAGGGCAUUGACAAUUCGAACACCGAUAUUCUACAUCAGUCAGAUCGUGCUAGGGAGAAUUUCAUGGAGAGAUGGGGCUGA